AUCAUAGAUAUAUAGUAUAGAUCUCUCAUCUCUGUCUCUAUCUAUUUGGUAUAUUUCAUGCAUGAAUGAAUGAAGCUUUUGGUUGUGAACCAGCGCGCUUUCACAGUAAUGGCAUCACCGCUGAGGCUGAGAUCAAUGGCCCGCAAGGCUUGUUUGCGUUGUUAUUCUUCUUCUGCUUUGAAAUGGGAAGGUGGGGUUUCCAUGGUGCAAGGAGCUUCCAGAGGAAUUGGCCUUGAAUUUGUUAAGCAGCUGCUGGAGAAGAAUGAGAAAGGGCAUGUUGUUGCUACUUGCCGUAAUCCUGAUGCGGCAUCAGGGCUUCUACAUCUGAAAAAUAGAUUUGCUGAAAGACUUAGCAUUCUACCAUUGGAUCUGACCAUUGAAAGCACCAUAGAGGCAUCUGCAAAGUCUAUUAGAGAGAGAUUUGGUUCUUUGAACAUUCUUAUUAAUGCAUCUGGAAUUCUCUCAAUACCUGAUGUGUUGCAACCAGAAACAACAUUGACCAAAGUAGAGAAAUCAUCCUUGCUUCUUGCAUAUGAGAUUAAUGCUGUUGGUCCGAUUAUGGUGAUCAAGCAGCAUAUGUGGCCACUCCUAAAGGUUGGCGGAGGCUCUGGGACCGAAAGGGAUGUUGCGGUUGUGGCCAAUUUGAGUGCCAGGGUGGGAUCCAUUGGAGACAAUCACCUUGGGGGUUGGCACUCCUACCGAUCUUCAAAGACGGCACUUAAUCAGUUGACAAAAACUGUGUCAGUGGAGUUUGCACGAAAAAAGGAUCCUAUUAUAUGCAUUUUGUUGCACCCAGGCACAGUGGACACUGAUCUUUCUAGACCGUUUCAAAGAAAUGUUCCAGAAGGCAAACUAUUCACCAAAGAGUUCUCAGUUCAGAAGCUCUUGGGCAUCAUCAACAAUGCAAAGAGACAUGACAAUGGCAAGUUUUUUGCCUGGGAUGGCCAGGAAAUUCCUUGGUGAUUGGUCAUAUUCAUUAUAGGCAUGCAAUAUUAAAUAAUUAUAUUUGAGUUUGAAAUUUUUGGUCAUUAAUCUCAAUUGUUUUGAUUAAUAAUUUGUAUCUGUUAAUAAAUUAAGAGAACUAUUAACUCUUCAAUUUCUCCCUUUGUAACUCCAUUGGUUCUCUGUAUUCUACUCUGACGUAAUUGCUUUCAGAAAGUUAAUAACGACUUUUUUGUCGUUUUCAAAA